AUGAAUCGUGAUACUUGGAUGUAUGGAUUACAACGUCAUGACAAAGAAUACUUAACUAGGUUGAAGGAUUUUCUUAAAGUUGCUGAGGGACAUCGAGUAAAAAAAGGAGAAAGACAAAUUUGGUGUCCUUGUAAAAAGUGUCAAAAUUGUAAAAAUUUUACCGAUUCAAAGUCAAUAGAAGAACACCUUAUAUGCCAUGGGUUUAUGAAUGGGUAUACUCGUUGGUCACGACAUGGUGAGUUAUUAAUUGAUAGUAAUACGGUUGAUACCGAAACUAACGACGAUGACAUUGACGAUUUUGACAAUGACAACUAUGAUCAAAUAGAUGACAUUUUACAUGAUAUUCAAGAUGACGUUCCUAAUAAAUAUUUUGAAAAUUUUCAACAACUGUUUGUUGAUGCAGAAAAACCGUUAUAUGUUGGGUGCACAAAAUUUACCAAACUUUCUGCUAUGCUGAAAUUAUUUAACUUAAAAGCGAAUAAUGGUUGGAGUGAUAAAAGUUUUACAAACUUGCUAGAGAUUUUGCAUGAAAUGCUUCCUGAAGAUAAUGAGCUACCUGUUUCAUUAUAUCAAGCGAAAAAGUUGGUGUGUCCAAUGGGUUUGGAAAUCGAGAGAAUUCAUGCAUGUCCAAAUGAUUGCAUGAUUUAUAGAGAUCAAUAUGAUGGUCAAGAUAAAUGCAUUACAUGUGGUAAAUCGCGCUAUAUACAGAAGAAUACAGAAGAAGAAGACAAUGUGAAAAGGAAUGCACCCCCUACUAAAGUAUUGUGGUAUUUACCCAUCAUACCAAGACUAAAACGAUUAUUUGUAAACGCCAAAGAUGCAAAGUUGUUGCGUUGGCAUUUCGAGAAGCGUAGCACAGACGGAAUAAUGAGGCAUGUGGUUGAUUCUCCACAAUGGAGAAAUAUUGAUUACGAAUUUAAGGAAUUUGCUGCCGAGAUUAGAAAUAUCCGAUUCGGACUUAGUUAA